UUGAAGGUGUUACUAAUGCCUCGAGCUGUUCAAAUGCAAAAUGUGAACAUUUGUGUACCAUUCGAGAAGAUGCAAGGUACUUCACAAUGUAGCUGUCGUUCAGGUUUUGAUUUAGCACCCGAUGGCCGUUCGUGUGUCGGUAUGUUGAUUAUUGAAUUGUUAAUCAACUCAAUCUCAUACAUCUGCUUUCCUCCCUUCAUUUCCCUUCAUUUUCACAUUUCUAUUUUCUAACUACAUAAAAUUUUUUUACCCCAAAUAUUCAUCCCUUUCCUAGCUCUGUAUUAAUUUUAUUCGUAUUCCUUCUUAUGAAAACACAGAUAUUGACGAAUGUCACCAACUACAGCAGAACAAUCCAAAUAAUUUCCAAUUCAAUUCACCUC